GUACGACGCGCUGACGUCACACGUGUGAACAACAAACGGUUGUUGGACUUUCACGAGCUAGCUUGCUCUCCCUGCGAAUGCUCGCGUCGGAGGAAAACCCACGUCCAACUCGGUGUACUUUCCACCACCUUAUCCGGCUACUGGAUCGAAACCAUCCUCGAAAAAGACAAGGCACGUUCGGAGCGAGGGCAGGUGUCUUGUCGGAACGGAACUUAACCCCACGGAGGAGACAUGCCGAGGAGGACUCGUUGUGUGUCGGUGUGACGCCUGUUUCUUUUCCAGCCAGCCGCCAGUGGCGUUCGGGGGCGCUGGGAUGUGUGAGCCGUGUGUUCCGAAGUGAGACGACCGCCACGAUUACUUUCCGUACGGCCUAAAUAAUGGACUUCGAGGUGUUACGUGAUGCGGCAGGUAUGCGAGGGUACGCGGGCCUAGAUGUCAUUGCGGGGCAUCAACUGUAGCACGCUAGCUAACAGCAGUUCCCAUCGCCCACUUCCAAAUGUAUAAGAUUGUUACUGUAGGAAAAAAGAAAAGCUAACUUUCCGAAUGUUCGGUUCGGACUGACAAACUGCCGGUCCACUAUUACUGCUGUCCAUGUCCACCCGUUCCCAUUUAGUGUCAUAAAGUUGCUUCUUAACUGUAAUUGCAAUUGCACAUGUCACCCAGGCAUUAUUGAUGACCUCUACACUAGCCCUCUAAUUAGCAUUAAUUAGAACGUCCACUUCAGAUUUUUACAGCCUGUUCAUUUGUCCAUCCAGAGCGAGAGACUUUUUGAGUUUAACUGGACAUGAAUAUCGAAGAGCAGCGUCUCGAUCUGUGCAAUGUCAAGACCAAAACGAGCAUGGACGAUGAGCAUCGUACCUUUGGCACGGAUGGGGUCCGCAUCUCUGAGCUGAUCGUCGACGCCGACAGGCAAAGUGUCGAAAGCAUGCCUCAGCUCACCGACAACCUUCAGGUGGCCGAAGGGGACAACUGCAAGGUGAAGGACACGCUGGAAAUCGAUGAGGUCAAUGGGAAUAGACUAAGCGCUGACCGCACCGGGUCGCCGAACCCGACUGACUCGUUCUUUCCUAAUAACGGGGACCACAAGGACAACGCUGCUGCGGAUCAAAUGAAGGACCCGAAGGACACUGAACCCGUAAAGUUGAACGACCCGGCAGAAGAUGACGAUGGCGGGGAGAUGGACAUGGGUGUGGACCUGAGCUUGGACGAGAGCGGCGUGCUGGAGGCCGAGCCGACCGCUGUCGGGUCGCCGCCAGGUGAUAUUUCAGACACUUCCGGUCCAGUCGGCAGCGAGGCCGAAAGCCGGUCGGACGCUCAGCGUCCAGACGAGUCGUCCGGCGCCGACCGCGCCGUGCUGUACCCCACGGUGGAGGAAGAGAACGAUAAACACAAACCGAGUGGCAAGAGGGUGACGUUUCCGUCCGAUGACGACAUUGUUUCUGGAGCUGUGGAACCAAAGGACCCCUGGAGACAUGCUCAGAAUGCGACGGUGGACGACAUCCUGUCUUCGUAUAAGCAGGCCUGCCUCAAGCUCAACUGUAAACCCAUUCCCAAAGUGCUCAAACAGAUUCAGGAACUUAUAGACCUGACCCAGCGAAAUGAAUGCUUGGAUCUAAAAGGUGAAAAGUUGGACUACAAGGCGUGCGAGUCCCUGGAAGAAGUUUUAAAGAGAGUCCAGUUUAAAGUGAUCAACCUGGAGCAGACCAAUUUAGAUGAAGAUGGCGCCUCAGCUCUGUUCGACAUGAUCGAGUACUACGAGUCGGCCACGCACCUCAACAUCUCCUUCAACAAGCACAUCGGCACGCGGGGGUGGCAAGCCGCCGCUCACAUGAUGAGGAAGACGAGCUCUCUGCAGUAUCUGGAUGCCAGAAACACGCCCCUGCUGGACCACUCGGCCCCCUUCGUGGCUCGGGCGCUCCGGAUCAGCGGCAGCCUGGCGGUGCUGCACCUGGAAAACGCCGGCCUGUCCGGCAGACCGCUCAUGAUGCUCGCAACGGCCUUGAAGAUGAACAUGAACCUGCGGGAGUUGUACCUGGCCGACAACAAGCUCAACGGCCUGCAGGAUUCGGCCCAGCUCGGCAACCUGCUCAAGUUCAACUACAACAUUCAGAUUCUGGACCUGCGCAACAACCACAUCCUGGACUCGGGUUUGGCCUACGUGUGUGAAGGACUAAAAGAGCAGAGGAAAGGCCUCGUCACAUUGGUGCUAUGGAACAACCAGCUGACGCACAACGGCAUGGGCUACCUCGCAGCUGCACUGCCUUGCACCCAGAGUCUGGAGACGCUCAACCUGGGCCAUAACUCAGUGGGCAACGAGGGCGUCCACAAGCUGAAAGACGGACUGAUCGCCAACCGCUCUGUGCUCAGACUGGGCCUCGCCUCCACUAAAGUGUCCUGUGAAGGAGCGGUGGCGGUAGCCGAAUUUAUCGCCGAGAGCCCGAGGCUGCUGCGUCUGGAUCUGCGGGAAAAUGAGAUCAAGACCGGCGGACUGAUGGCUCUGUCGCUCGCCUUGAAAGUCAACACCUCUCUGCUACGUCUCGACCUGGACCGGGAGCCCAAGAAAGAAACUGUGAAGAGCUUCAUCGAGACCCAGCGUGCCCUGCUGGGCGAAAUCCAGAACGGCUGCAAGAGGAACUUCAUCCUCGCCAAAGAGAAGGAGGAAACAGAGCAGAUGAUGAGGCAGUCGGUAUCCAUGGCCGAAAUCGCCACCGAGGACGGAACGCCAGAAGAAGAAGGCGAGGACAGCAACGACGGGAGCCCAGAGGAUAAAACGGAAAGCCAAGAGCAGCCGAGCGGCGGGUCGGAGGCGAGCGCCGAGGUGAGCGUUCCGCCGAUCAACCUGGACUCUGACUCCGACACUGAAGAUGAGGAAGAAGUGAUCGCGAAAGCCUCGUCCGGGCCAAAAGCGGUCCAAAGUCCGACUCCCCCUCAAACUGAAGUGGUAGCGCCCGCAUCGAGUUCCUCACACGUGCCCCCGCCGCCCACCAUUUCAGGAAUCACCGUCACCAACAGCCCCGUUCCUUUGGGCACGCCUCCCUCGCCGGGCCGCUGCAUAUCAGUCUCCAGUCCCGGGCGAGGUCACAAGAUUUUCAUGGUGACUCGGGUUGAGAGCCCGCCUGAACCUCAGGCUGCUGCCGGCCACACCGACGGGGCGUCAAAGAGGACCUUAGAAACAAGCUCAGCCACCGCCAAGCAAAUCCAGCCCACGCAGGAGGAGGUCCACGACGACACGACGCUGAAGCGCACCCACGACCGCGAUGUCAUUGGCAACACUUUAGAAGCGCCAUCGACGAGUCAACAAGCACCAGCUUCGCCUUCGUCCGCUCAGCCUGAAGCCCCCCCACCCCAGACCCCCUGUGAGGAGCUGAAAGAAGCUCCCGCUGUGGAGGAAAGCGGAGCGGCGUCGCCGGAAGCCUCGAGCGGAGACGCCAAAGAGGAAAUGCAGACAUCCACACCCACGCCGGACCAAUUAACGCAAGAGCGCCAGGACGAGGCAAAAGAGGUGAACCCCAGCCCCCCGACUGUGACUGAGGACGACAGCCCCGGUCCAAAACCGGAAGGGGAACGUCAGAAAGCUGAGCCAGACGGACAGGAAGUAGCACAGCCCGUUCCCGCCGACCAACCGACAUCCGUCCAAGCCGAAACGGAGGCCUCCGCCGACCAGGGCGAGCCGGAAGCGGCCGCUUCGCUUUUGCCCAACGGCCUGAAACCCGAAUUCUCCCUCCACCUCCUCGACACCGACGGCCCCAAACCCGGCAGCUGUGUCAUGGAACACGUGAGUGCGAGCUGCACACAAGACCUGGAGGAGCUGCUUCUCGAAGCCAGUUUGGACACUGGAAGAGAGGCGCCCUGAAGAAGGUCCUGUGAGGACAACAGGAGUCGAGAACACAAGAGUCAAAAACACUCGAAUGAGCUCAACGGGUUCCGUAGGGAAUCAACAGACACUCAAAAGUCAACGUGACGUCACUACAUCAACCACCGAAGCGUGUGCGUGUGAGGAGGACAAAGACAAAGUAACCUUGCUGUCUGUCAUCACUACAUUUGUGAUUCUUUCCACGGCAACCAGGGACAGCCGGGAGUAGGAAGUAAAAAAAAAAAAAAAAACACUAACCAAAGACCAAUCCAGGUGUGCGUGUGUCUUCGGGAAGGUUUUUAACGGUAGACCGUAAGCUUCCCCGACACACAAAUAAUAAUUGUGGAGCCGGCUGAGGGCACCAGCCGGCUUUAAUGUCACAGCACUGUACCCGGUGACCAUCGAGAGUUUUUUUUUUUUCUGUCCUCCUCAUCCAUCGUUCCAAUUUUGAAGGGACCUCCGCCUAAGUGACCCCCGCUUCCCCGUUUUUGUCAUUUCUACUUUGGCCCCUCAGGAAUCAACACAAAGCAAACCUGAAGCAACAACCUCCACUGCUUGCUUCACGGGUUGCUCGAAUCAAUAGAACAUCUCAUCUUCACCCCCUUUCACUCUUUGGGGGAUUUUUUUUUGCACCUUUGACAAAUCAUUUGUAUUUAUUUGAUGAGUUUUUGGAUUUAUCCAACCCCACCCCCACCCCCUUCUUGAUUUGUUUUUAAACCCCACCCUUUCCAUAGAGCAAAUAUUUAGGUUGUUUAUUUUAUUUGACAUUUUGGGAGGGGAAGCGCAAGUUUGGAGUGGUUGACUUGUUCAGUAGCAGUCGGGGUGCAUUCCUGACAAACCGAGUCACGUCACCGAGAAGCGACAUGUCACGUGGUGGUGUCGUCGACGCCGGGUGGCCGCCAGAGGGCGCCGUUCCUUCACGCUGCUGCUCGCCGAGUCAUGGGAGUCCCCCCCUAAAUCAGGCCGCUUCUCCGUUUUGCACCCCACUGUUUGUAAAUGCUUUAAUUUUUAGACCUUUUUAAUAAAUGGUUAACUUAAUUCAGAACUGUGCUGGUAAUCACAAAGAUAUGUAUGGCGAAAUUUGUUCCACUCAAAUAAAUGCAUGUAAUGACUCGA